UACUUAUUUGUGUUCAAAUACCCAUAGACUUUCACGAGGCGGUCCCAAAUGCUUGGCUAAAACUUUGGCUACAGUUUUCUAAAAUUUGGCUACAAAAAAAUCCAAUUGGCUAAAAUGUUGGCUAAAGAAAUUUUUGAGCCAGGGGAAGCAUAAUGCUGUAUAAUUUGAAGAAAAGCAUUCAAUUUGAAAUACUCUUUUAUAAAUAAUCUUUAUUGUGGAAGAUAAUGUAAGAACAUUUUAAAAUCAAGUGUUAAAUUGUUUCGUUUGAGGAUCCAUAUACAACAAAUGUGUCCCGAAUCUCGCUUAACAUGACGAGCAAAUCUGUUUCGGUAGUAGACCUGCGACGCGGAAAAUCUCCGGCAACGUUCGAAAUGUCCAAUAUCAACUAUGCCUAUAAUGGCAAGAAAUACACUUAUGCGUACAUGGUUCGCAACUUCGACUUGCACGAACAGAACGCAAUUACGAAGAUGAACGUUGACACUGGGGCGGAGUUGGAAUACCUGCUGCCCGAGGGUUCGUCCGUUCAGGAGCCCCAGUUCAUCCCCUACCCCGGUGCGAUUUUCGAGGACGACGGUGUGAUCCUUUCACAGGGAUUCGACGGCAUUCAGCGGAAAGACUGUUUCCGCUGCGAGCUGGUUCCGCGCCUAAUUUCCAAAUGCCGGCUAUACCGGUAGUUGGGUAAACAAUAGGAUGAAGUGAAGCCGGAAACCACUACACAACAUUACAUUAGUAGAAAUUUAUUAACAAAACCAUUCAACAUUCAGAAACCAUACAAACCGCAAAACAGCUUGGAACCAAAAGUACCGGUAAAACACUCCACUGUUGGGACUGGAAACAGUUAAACCGCAUGACGCGGUCAUGAAAGUGUGAUUUAAAUGUGUUGAAAGCAAACAGCGUUUAAAUCAAAUAUUAACGUACGAGAUAUUUCGAUAGUGAAGAAAUAUACUCAUAAUUAGGCAUGUGAGGACACAUAUGAUGUGCACUCUCGUAGUAUAAUUUUUAUCUACUUACACUAAUUUGUGGUUUGACAAUGAUAACACACAUUUCAUGCAAUGAAUAUGCGACUUACAAGUGAAAAAAGUUAAACGUUUGUUUUCAGUUUAUUUAUUUAGAAACGUAAAUUGCAAACUUUAUUUCAAAGUCAGCAUUUACGCCGACUAACUUUUUAAAAGAUAUUUCUUGUUAUAUUUAGUUGUUUUUUAAUAUUCGGUUUUAGCGAUUAUAAA